AUGCCCAUGCCGGAACCUAAGCGCAAAAAACCGCUCAAAUUGAUCAGACCCAACGCACUGAUCAUCCGCCCGGCCGAGAAAGCAAAGUACGCCGAGAUUCUGCGGCGCAUAAAGAAGGACGUCUCUGAUGAGCAGGUUCGCACAACGGUGGACAAGAUCAACAAGACCAGAAGCGGGGACUUGCUGAUUACGAUUUCGCGGAAGAGCGUGGACAAAGGCCAAGGCCUGCAACAGACCAUCGCAAACAUUCUUAAGGAGGAGGCCAAAGCUGCCCUGCAUACGGUAACCAAGGAGCUCUGCGAAAUACCACCAGAGACAAUCAAGAUCCGCAAAGCCUACAGAGGUACCCAAACCGCUGUCGUGACACUACCGGCUGCAGCAGCUCAGAAGAUAUUAGAAGAAAGCGGUAAAAUCCGAAUUGGCUGGGUCAACUGCCGAAUUAGAGCCACGAGGAAACCUACCCAAUGUUACAAAUGCUGGCAUUUCGGGCACCACGGAUCCCAGUGCAGAAGCAAGACAGAUCGAUCCAAGCUAUGCAUCAGAUGCGGCCAAGAAGGACACAAGAUUGCGGACUGUAAAAACCCACCGAAGUGUGUAUUAUGCGCGGAAAAUAAGAGCGCAGAGAACGCUGCCCAUCACGCUGGCACAUACAGGUGCCCGCUUAACCUCAAUCACUGUGAGGCCGCGCAUGACCUGCUCGUGCAGACCGUGCGUGAAUUAGAGCUUGAUUUAGUAAUAAUAGCAGAGCCAUACAGACACCUGAAUAACCAACCUUGGGAAACUGACAGCACCACCAAGGCUGUCAUCUGGUCCUGUGGCAAACUCCCCUUCCAGAGCAUAGUGAGCAAUGAUAGCAUCGGCUUUGUAGCAGCGUCUAUUAACGACAUCCGUUUUUAUAGUUGCUAUGCACCACCUAGCCUUUCCAUUGCCGACUUUACUGACUUCCUGGAUCGACUGACCGAAGACGCAAAGCAAUACUACCCAGUAGCUAUAGCAGGGGACUUCAAUUCCUGGGCGGUAGACUGGGGCAGCAAGCAGACUAAUGCGCGAGGUAAGGCACUACGUGAAGCAAUGGCCUCACUGGACGUUGUCCUUCUCAACAUCGGUGGGACACCAACAUAUACCAAGGGAGAGGCUAGUUCGAUAAUAGACCUCACAUUCGUCAGCAGCAGCUUAUUGAAAGGAAACUAUUCUUGGGAAGUCUUAAACACCUACACUGGCAGCGACCACAGUGCUAUACUUUGGGAAAUAUCGGCUGGCCGGAACCCUCAAAGAGCAACUAGACAAACUAAUGCAGCUGGAUGGAAAGUGAAAGACUUUGACUCGGAAGCUUUGGUAGUAGCCUUAGACAUUGACUCGACCAUCAUCACAGGAAAUGCUGUAGAGAAGACGAAGAACUUAAUGACAAGAAUUGCCCAGGCGUGCGACACCUGCAUGCCCCGUAAGCGUGGCAUCAAUAAAAGACCAUCGGUGCACUGGUGGAAUGAUCAGAUUAACGCUCUUCGCACAGCUUGUCACAAAAAGAGAAGAUUAUCACAGCGUGGCCACCGACGACCUAACUCUGCGGAGCUGGUCGCAGAAUACAAAAAGGCCCAUCGAGAACUGAACAACGCCAUCAAAGAUAGCAAAAGACGCUGUUGGAAGGAACUCGUCGAUGAAGUAGAAAAGGACCCAUGGGGCAGACCACCCGUUGGAUCUGCGCAAACUCCGUAUCGGCACUCUUCAUUUUGUUUGCAUUAG